CUUCAACGCCAUGUCGUCGGCCGUCUCGGAGGCCGUCGCCACCAACGCCGCGUCGGGCGUCGUCCACGCGGUGCCGCGGACCGAGCCUGUUGUGUCUGCCGAGUGGCUGCACGCCAACCUCAGGGACCCCAAUGUGAAGGUACUUGAUGCCUCUUGGUCAGAAGAUGAUGGCGAGUUCCUCAUUCCAAUUGAGUUUAUAUUGUGUAGGUUUCUUCGUCAUGAUCUGGAUUGCCGCAGUCAUGUUCAAGUCCAAUGAUAUCUUGCGCAAGCAGACCGCUCUCAAGGUUGGUUCUUCAUAAUAACUUGUCUAUCAACGUGCUUCUUCUGCUUCUAGAGGUUAAUUAAUUGUUCUGCCAAGCAGACUGCUCUCA